ACCACUGGGGCGGCGAUGGUACGGGAGGCUCCUCUAACUCCAAACACUCCUCCACUACCUCCAGGAACUUGUCCACUGUCACCAACUGCAUGGUGGCUUGGGUCUCUCGCCGCCACCGCGCCACCUGCAGGGUUUUUGCCUCCUGUGUCCUUUGGAGAGUCAGCUCAAGUCAAGAGACGGGAGACAGACAAGGGAGGCAGCAGUGUGAACAAUUUGCAACAAGGGAUGAUAAUGUCCCGGGGAUGGAGGGAACCUUGGGAUGUGUGCUGCAGUACGAGGAGCUGCUCACACACCACGAGGGCGGGGCGGGAGGAUGUUCUAGCCUCUGCGUUGUCAGACCCGAUAUGGCCGUCACCCAGGUUCGGGGUGUCCGGCAUCAGAGGCAGCCUGUGCAGGGCCACGCUGCCUCUCCUGUUUUUCAUGCUGUGUCUCGUCUGGCCUGGAAAAAGGGUGGUGGGCAUGGUAACCCCAUACCAUCGCCACACACAUCACCGUCAGCACCACACAGGUUUACACAAGCCGUCCCUAGCAGCGCUGGACCAGAGUUGUGUUUGUCAUUCCCGGGAGGUGUUGUAUAGCUGCCGCGCCGCUGACACUGAAACCAUGGUGGAGGAAAACGAGAGACCACAGGCUGGCUUCCAGUUCAGCAACUUUGGGAGAAAUGAAGCUUUGGUAGCCAGAGGGUUUCAGAUGCCAAAGUGCCGUAAGACUGGCACCACCAUUGCUGGCAUUGUCUUCAAGGAUGGCGUUGUCCUUGGAGCAGACACACGAGCCACUGAGGGGGACAUUGUGGCUGAUAAGAACUGCUGCAAGAUUCACUACUUGCAGCCAAACAUGUACUGCUGUGGAGCAGGUACGGCAGCUGACUUGGAGAUGACCACGCAGAUGAUGGCCAGUCAGCUGGAGCUCCACCGUCUUAACACAGGCCGCCAGGUGCCUGUCAUAGCUGCCAACACCAUGCUGAAGCAGAUGUUGUUCCGUUAUCAGGGCUAUGUUGGUGCUGCCCUGGUGCUUGGUGGUGUUGACAAAUACGGCUCCCACAUCUAUUCCAUUCACCCUCACGGCUCCACUGACCGCCUGCCCUACACCACCAUGGGCUCUGGCUCCUUGGCAGCCAUGUCAGUCUUUGAAGCUCGGUGGAAGCCUAACAUGGAGCUGGACGAAGCCAAGCAGCUGGUGAGGGAUGCCAUUGCAGGUGGUGUGUUCAAUGACCUGGGCUCUGGGUCCAAUAUUGACUUGUGUGUUAUCACCAAGGAUGGUGCCACAAUGACACGUCCCUAUGAUGUGGCUAACGUGAAGGGCCAGAGAGUUGGCAAGUAUGAGUACAAACGUGGGGUGACAGAAGUGCUCAACACUGUUGUGCGGCCCAUCGAGAUUGUGUCUGAGACAGUCAAGGUGGUGUCUGAGGAGGACAUGGAUACUGCUUAGCCACACUGGCCUCAUAUUCAAUAAUUACAGAUACUAUUUACAAGCUUAUUGUGUUAUUCACAUGGAAUGUGAAUUUGUUUAUUCAUUGUUCAGUAAGCCUGUGCCUAUAAUAACACUGAAGUAUUUAGAAUUUCGUCAUAUUUUGAACACACACUGCUGCAACUAUUUGGUAUGAAAGGUUUUAUCCUUAGAAAUUUUGUGAUCUAAAAAUGUUUAAUUAAGGAAAGAAGGGAGGAGCAGCUGCCAGUUACAUCUUCGUGGUUUUGUAGGAGAGGCACAGGUAAUCAGCUGUGUGUUUGAAUAAAGCUCUGUGAGAUUUGUAA